GUGACCUUAGAUUCUCUCAACAUGCUGUCCGUGGCACUGCUCUACAUUUUGGCUGUGGUCUUUUCCGCAACUCGUGCUUUACCAUUAUAUCCAGAGACAGUGCUGACACCACAGGAAGACCUCCUUCAGAAACUGGUGGCAGAAGUGGAGGAAGGCCAGAGCGAUGACCUGAGUGAACAAAGAGACGUCAAAACCGUCUUUCCUGUCCUGCUGCAGAGGGAAAGAGAGAGAGACUCCUGGCCUAAAGAAACAAAGGAAACUCUACAGCAAGCGAAAAUGAACAACAUGGUGGACGACUUAAAAGCAGCCGUGUUGAAACUGGCGGCAGCUGAUAACCUGCGCUCUCAAGGCUUUCUGAGGUCGGAGCAGAACUUACCCAAACCCAACAAGAGAGCCUGUUUCUGGAAGUACUGCGUAACAAAUUAAGAGUUGAUCCCUUCGGAAUUACAGAGGAACAGCCCACUCCACCCAUUCUGUACAAACAUCAUUGUUUAUCGUCUCCAUUAAAUACCAAUCCAACAGCCUCUGUAACAAUGUGUAUAGAAAUUUACACAGCACAGUAACU